AGUUCUUAAGAUGAUGCAUGUAGUUUCCUUCCAUGCUUCUGAUAAUCGGAUGUCUUCAUCAGCAAUUGCUGCUUGCAUGGCUCCAUUGCUCUUGCGGCCUCUUGUGGCUGGUGAAUGUGAAUUAGAGGACGAUUAUGAUACCAAUGGAGAUAAUUCUGCUCAGCUUCUAGCUGCUGCCAAUGCUGCUAAUAAUGCUCAAGCAAUUAUUACGUUUCUGCUUGAGGAGUAUGAUAAUAUUUUUGAUGUCAACAAUAUCCGCAGAUAUUCCAUCUCGGUUCAUUCUCAAGCCAAUUCCAGUGGAAGUGAACAUACAAGUGAUGAAGAACACCCUGGCGUGAAGAUCAAUGGUUAUCAUGAUGCUGAAAAUGAAGUUGACCCUGAAGCAGACAUUGAUCGUGAUCGCAGGCUCAGUGGGAGGUUAAGUGAAAGUAGUGGCUCUGCUGCCAUUGAUCUGUAUGACUAUAAGGCCGUUCGGAAUGAUGCUUCAGAUGAUGGAUCCCCCACUAACAGUAGUACUUUGGCAACAAUGAAAGCAAAUUUGGAAUCUGGACCCCUUAGUUAUUCUAUAUCAGCUAAUGAGCCACUCGACCAUCAAAAAAGGGCAAGUGAUAGUAUGACUGAUGCUUCUGCUGAAGUGCUUGGUAAUGAGUCACAGCGAUCCAUGGGGGAUCUUUUGUCUUCUAUCGAUCAUGAGCUACACCAGUCUAUUCUUGGAACGGAAUUAUUGCCAGAUACACCAAUGCCUAAACUUAGGAAUCCUAAUCCGAGUGGCAAGAAAUCGAGAUUUUGGGGAAAGAGAAAAAGAUUGGAGAUUGCCAAGAAUGAUUUGCGUCAAAGGAUUGCAAAAGAAGCAAGAGGAAAUGCAAUUCUGCAAGCUAGCUUGGAGAGAAGAAAGCAAGCUCUGCAUGAGCGGAGGUUGUCACUCGAACAAGAUGUGGUGAGACUGCAAGAACAGUUACUAGCCGAAAGAGACCUUCGAGCUGCUCUUGAAGUUGGCUUAAGCAUGUCUUCUGGUCAGUUUUCCGGAUCUCGUGGCAUGGAUUCUAAGACGAGAGCCGAGCUUGAGGAGAUAGCUCUUGCAGAGGCAGAUGUGGCCAGAUUGAAGCAGAAAGUUGCCGAGCUGCACCAUCAGCUAAAUCAACAACGUCAGCAUCACUAUGUGCCACUUCCAGAUUCAACCCAAAAUCAAAAUUCACAGCAGAAAUAUUUGCAGCAAGAUUUUGACUCGACACUUGCUGUUUGUAACCAAGAAAGAAAACAAAGAACCGAGGAUAUGUUGGGGCCAGACCCAAGAAAUAGUAAAGGACAGGUGUCGACAUCUGGGAGGCAUAGCCGGCAGCCUUCUCGGAAUCAGUUCAUGGAGUCAACAAAUUUAGUUGAUUCUUUUGAUUCGUCCAAGAGUGUACCCAUCGAGAAUCUACUAGAACCUGCGUCUGUACCUUCCACUUCUAGGAUGGCCGAGGUGAUGGAAUAUCCUCCUCGGCAUCCAUCCUCGACUUUAGUAGAACUGACGACUCGUCUGGACUUCUUUAAGGAAAGAAGGUCCCAGUUGAUGGAACAACUCCACAACUUGGAUUUAAACUAUGGGUCUGUUGCACCCGAAGAUUUUCCUUAUAAACUGUCUUCUCCUCCUUGGCUUUAAUCAUNAUAUCAAGAAUGUAAUU